AUGUACCGUCGAACCUGGGAGAGAAGGUGGGCUGACCGUUUCGGCUCCUUCGACGACCAAACAAGUAUCGGUCCCAUGUGCUACACAUCUGAACCACCCACCCCGGAAUACCUUUUCAGAGAACAGACUGUGCAGAUCUUCUCCAUCAGGGAUCCAUUCUUGCUGCUAACGGGCCCAUCCCGUGCGGUAGUGUACCUUGGUCCGAUCACAUUUGAAGUCCAGCUAAAAGUAAAGGGCGAAGGAGAGUCCGAAGAUGAGAUGCUGGCUUUUGGUGUCUUCUACUAUGAUGAUGGGAAUGCUUGUGCACGCAAGCUCUCUAUGUCUGUCCCCUACAAGCGGUGCACACUCGAGUAUGAAGUGGCGCUUCGGCCACGCUCGGUCGAGGCCACCAUCAGUAUCAAGGUCAUUGAUGGGUCAUGGCCAGAGAACCACCAUGGACAAGUCGUUGCCCUCACCUCCGGUGUGGAUGGGAAGGUCAUCCUGCUAGACGGAGAACUGCCCGUCGGUCCGGACGGCGCGAUCGAGCUCUCAAGGCGAGUUGUUUCUGUGGAUUUAAGAGAGAAACUGAUAGUUGCUGUGGAUGCUUCCCUGUCCGGUUUUCCCGCGCAAGCCACCGCCGAAUUCAUGCCGGAGAACUCUGGCAUGAGCGGCCGCAUUUGCGACCUCGGUUCCUGCAAGAUUCAAGUCACCGUUGCUUGGUCCCUCUUUGUUAUUGUUUUGUGA